AUGCCACUCAUCCGCAAGCGCCGCGCCCCCACCGCAGACGACGAAGCGUCAGAAGACUCCCAAGACGACACCCCGACCACAGCAACCCAGCGACAGCGACGACGACCUUCCCCCGCAUCAGACGCAGGCGACUUCGUCGAUGGAGACGAAGAAACCCAAGGCGACGCGAGCCUGGAGCAGAUGGUGAAGAAGAUGGUGCGGUUCGCGCUGGCGUGCGAGUAUGCGAGGCAGCCGAUCAGGAGGGCAGACAUCAGCGCGAAGGUGCUGGGCACGCACGGGCGACAGUUCAAGGCUGUCUUCCAGGAAGCGCAGUUGCAGUUAAGAGCAACGUUCGGGAUGGAGAUGACGGAGCUGCCGCUGAAGGAGAAGGUCACGCUUCAACAGCGAAGAGCGGCACAAAAGACCGAAAAAGCCGCCACGAGCAGCAACGCCUGGGUCCUGACCAGCACGCUCCCCGCCAAAUUCCGCACCCCCGCCAUCCUCCCUCCGCCCCGCAUCCCGACCACCGCAACCGAAAGCGCCUACGUCGCUCUCUACACCUUCAUCAUCUCAGUCAUCUACCUCGCCGGCGGACAACUACCGGAAGAGAAGCUCGAGCGCUACCUCAAGCGCACGAACGCGGACCAAACCACGCCUGUCGACAAGACGGAAAAACUCCUGAACCGUCUGAUUAAGGAGGGCUAUAUAGUGCGGAACAAGGACACAUCAGGUGGAGAGGAAAUUGUGGAAUAUAUGGUAGGCCCUAGAGGGAAGGUCGAGGUGGGCGAGCAGGGUGUUGCGGGACUGGUGCGAACGGUGUAUGGGGAGGGCGCGACGGAGGAGCUUGAAAAGCGGAUUGAGCGGAGCUUGGGGUUGGGAGAGCGGAACCGGGCGGCGGCUGCGAAGGCCAGUAGCACGGCCAAUAGCACGCCAGCGGAGGGGAGAGGGCGUGGUAGGCCGAGGAGGGGCGACGAUGAUGAUGGAUGA